GGCAGAGCUGGGGGGAGCCCAGGGCUGGGCUGGCAGGGGCUGCGGGUCGGGAGUGAGGGGCACCGGCAGAGAUGUCCCAUGAGUUCUUGACGCUCCCGGAUGUUGAUUCGCACCCAUCCAGGAGGCCCAGCCUUGCCCACGACUCCCCUCCAGGAGCUGAACUGGGUCUGGGACGGAGCCAGAAGCCCCCGCGGUGUCUGCGCUCGCCCGUUCGCCCUUCCCCUCCCCGCGUGGGCUGCUCGGCUCUCCCGCGGCUGCAGGUUGCGACAUGCAGGCCGAGCGCAGGCUGGCUCCUCGGCUCCGGCUCGGCUGGUGUUUGUGAGCGGGCGCGGGGGCGGGAGCAGGAAGCCGGGGCGAUGAUGGCUCGGAGUGGGUAAGCUGCGCGGCUGCCCCCUCUUCCCAUUGCUGGUGGGGGAGGCCCAGGGCCCCCUGGCCCAGCGCAGGGACCUGCCAGACCUUUGGGUGGGCGGAUCUGAGCCCCCCGGCGCCCAGGGAGGGUGUGGCUGGGGCACGGAGCUGGCUGAGGGACAGCUGGCUCUGCGGCACUCGUUUGGGGGGUUCUGCUGCCAAGGAGGGAGCCCCCCGGUGGCAGGGUCCCCCAGGCCGGGAGGGCUGGGCCAAGCUGCCCCUCCUUCGGCUUCGCGAACUCCCUGCCGGUCCCCCCACCCCGGUUCGGUCGUGUCUCCGCUGGGGCUGGCUCGAGGGGGCCGUACGCCCAGCGGCGCCACUGCAGCAGCUUUGUCCGUGUUCGUUCCGCUCCUUGCUCCCCGAGCGGCAGGGUCUGAUCCAAGCCGCCGAGCCUGGGGCUGAGAUCGGCUGAGGGGCGCUGGCCCGGCAGGUCCCCCCGGUUCCCCCAGUCAUUGGGGUGAGUCCGGACACGGAGCUCGAGGUCAGCCGGGGCUGCCUGCCCAGCCCUUCUAGCCACUCCGUGCGAUGCUGGCGCUGGGCCGUUCCCACUUUGCUGUACCCUCACUCACGAGCCCGACCCUCCCUGGGCCAGUCUCACCCCGCGCUCCCUGUCGGCUCCCCGCUUCACCCCCCGGGCGGCUGGGCAGGGGUGCGGGGAGCAGGAUUUCAGCCCGUCCACCCGCUGGGCCCAGAAGAGCCAGGCAACGUCGCCCGAGUUCCCGUUCUGCGCCGGGCCCCUCUGGGAGAAGACGCCAGCCUGCUAGGGGGUGAUGCUCGUGGCCUUUCUGGGCCCCCGUCCUGCCACGGGGACGGUCUGGGCAGAAACAGGCCUGGGCUCCCUACCCUGCUGUGGCGUCUGGCUAGACGUUGCUGAAGGGCCCAUCACCUUCCUCUCUGGGCUGCUGCCGCGGAAGCUGAGCUCAGAGCUCAGUGGUGUCGUUGCUUCGCAGAGGUCGGGGGUCUGCAUCCCCGUUUCCAGGCCGCCCCCAGCCAAUGACUCUGCGGUUCGGGGUGUUCUGAACCCAGCCCCAGUUCGGUGGCUGGUCCCAGACUCUGCCAAUCCCAGGGGGGCACUAAGCCAUGAGGGCAAACCGAUCCUGCCGCCUCACGCUGCCCAUGCAGCCUCUCCGGGCCCUUCACAAGCCGUGGGCCAGGCCUGGGCACACAGCCAGGGCAGCUGGCAAAGCCCGGCCUCCGGAGCUGGCUGCACAUGCGCAGGGGAGGGAGCUGCUUUCGCUUUCCAUCCGACUGGGGCUUGCUCUGCCUGGGCUUGGUUGGCAUCGAUGUCCCACAGCUGGUUAGAUCCCCGGGGACGGGCGGCUUCCCCAGCCCGGAGUUCGUCGGGGGCUGGACAGGCCACGGCGGGCCAGGCUCCGUGGGGCGGCGUCCAGCCAGGGCUGCUUGUCUAAGGUCCAGCAGCGGCACUUCCUCCCCCUCGGUCUCGCUGUUGCUUUUCCCUGGCAGGGUGGAGAGGAAGGAAGCUGGGUGGCUGCCGCAGAGUCGGUGCGCUCGGGCCUGGGCUGCGGCACGUAGGCCGGAGGAUCUCGGGGCAAGCUGACCCCCAGAUCGGCGCCAAGGCCGUGAGCGAGUGUCCUCGUGGGGCAGAUCCUGGGCGCCAGUGAGGUCCGGGAGAAUCUAGGCCGUUCCUGCCGGGGAGCCCCCAUCCGCGCGGGGUCACCAUGCAGCGCACCGGGUCCCCCAUCGCCACGGAGACCGACAUCGACCUCACCGCCGCGCUGCUGCCUUCGGGGGGGACGCGGAGCCAUCAGCACGCCAUCAAGACGGCCGUCAGCGAGACGGGGGCGCUGCCUGCGCCGGGCUACGAGGGCCCCCCCUCUCCCGCCGGCUGCCGCUGCUGCGGCUUCGCUAAGCUGCAGACGGGACCCCAGCCUGGCGCCGGCUGCCGGCUCUGGAACACCCCCUACCCCAAGCUGCCCCCGGGGUCCUGCCCGGGGAAGGGCUUUGGCCAGUCCACCCUGCCGUUCAGCUUCGGGACCAACUCUGCGCCCCCGCCCCGAGCCCCCCGCCUGACCCUGCAGCCCAGCGAGCUGCCCGCCGGGACGGCCAGGCUGAGCAGCGGGCCUGGGGGAGAGCCAGGGAGGUGCGGGGCCCUCAAAGGCCUGGAGCUAGAGCUCUGGGAGGGCCCAGAGACCAAGCCGUGGCUGGAGGACAGGACGGCUCCCCCCUCGGCCUUGGAGAAGCCCCCCACCCGAGAAGGCUGCUCCCCCUGGGCUGAGGCGCGGCUCUGCCCGGGGCAGCCGGGACGGGGUGUGUCUCCGCCAGAGAGUCGCCGUGGGCUCCGGGAAGAGCAGGGUUGCGCAGGCGUCCCUCCCAGCGCAGCUCUCGGCCUCUCGGCGGGCAGGGCGGGCGCACGCCAGGCUGAGGGGGCAGGCCGUGGGCGUGGCCCCUUGGCGUCGGAACCGGCAGCCGAGCCGCGGCGGGACGGCAGCAUCGUGCUGAGCGAGGGCGCGAGGGAGCCAGUGUUCGGCCAGGAAGGGGCACAGGACAUCCCCCAUGCAGUGGGGAGCAGGCUGGCCCCGUGCGUCCCCCCUGAGCCAGAGCCCCCCUCAGCAGACCCACGGGGAGAGGAGCUGCCGCCGGAAGGUCCUGGCGGGACAGAGGAGGAGGCAGUUACGAGACGGCCCCAGGGCACCGAGCUGGGGAGGCGGCCGGGGACCGGGAGCUCUGUUGGCUCGGCUGGCCUGGGCCGUGAAAGCAGCAGGCCCGUCUCCCCGGAUCCAGCCAGCCAGGCCCAGCAAGUCGGGGGCCUGGGGCCCGCGGGUGCCAGCACUCCCACUAAGACGUCCGUGGAGGACGCCUACGGGAGGCUCAGCAAGGCGUGCGGCCUGUCCCUCCUGGAGGAGCUGAGACGGACGUUCCUGGACGCCGAGGACGCCUGCUUCUCGCUCCUGGAUUCGGGCCUGGUCCUGGGCCGAGUGGAGGCGCAUGCGGCGCUGGGGCUGGCCAUCCUGCCCAUGCGGGACGGGCGGACGCUGGCCACGACCCUGCCCAACGGCAGCCUCUUCCUGUACUACGCGCUGGGCCGGCAGUUCUACGUCACGGAGAAGCUGGCGGAUCGCUGGUUCCGCGCGCGGGACCGGCUCACCGGGGAGACCAUGCUGAUGAAAAAGGUGCCCGUGGUCUCCGACUGGAGGAAGAUGUUACACAAUUUCCUGUUCCUGCCUCCGCACCCCACGGUGCUGGUGCCCUACGCCGUCCUGUACGACCGCAGCGGCUCCAUCCUCUACCUCAUGGAGGACAGGGACGUGCGCGCGGUGGGGCGGCCGCCCGAGGGGCCCGGCCUGGUGGGAGCUCGAGCCCUGCGGGAGGUGCUGAGCUUCCUGAGCUUCUGCAAACGCCACCACUUCCACCCCGGGGACGUCGGCUCCGCCUCGAUCUACACGGCCCAGGGCGUCUGCUUUGACCCCAGCAGCCUGUCCAGCAGCGAGGACCCCUACACCUUCCGGAAGAGCAUGAAAACCGGCCUGCGCCCGCUGCUGGCCCAGCACCCGGGGCUCGCGGACCUGGACUCCCUGGUGGACAGCGUGUGCCUGUACCUGGAGGAAGAGGAGAACCCGGAGCCCGGCCACAGCGGCCCCAAGUGAGCGGAGCCCAGGCCCCACGGCUGCCCCCCGCCGGAGGGAGACGGGCGCCUCCCUGGGGUGCCUGGAGGCAGAGCGCUGGGAUCCAGGCGCGGACGCUGCUGGCAGGGGCGUCACGGGGUGGGUGGGUGAGUGCCCAGGUGUGGGGUGCGCAGGGGGGACUUGCAGCCGGCGGGUUCUGCUCCCUGGAGAAACGGGCUCAUUUGCCAGCCCGGCUCGUUCUGAACAGCCGGGGGGCGGGCGCUGGGCGGGUGGGGGGGGAUGUGGCACCGGUCGCCCUGCUCUGGGCUGGGCCGUCGAUGAAUUCAGCGAGGUGGGAGGAAUGACACUGACUGUGCUGGGCCCUUGCCUGCAGGAGCCCCACAAACCCUGCAGAUGGGCCCCGCCCCCGGCUCAUCGUCAAGCCCCCCAGCCCUGGCCAGGGACCCGCGGAACAUUCCAGCGCCCGUGUUCCCAAAGAAGGCAGGCCUGGGACCCGAGAGCGCCUGGCUCCACCUUUGGCCUUCACCUCCUCUCGUCACCGCCUCGUGCCUCAGUUUCCCCAUCCCCGCCCUGGGGGGAUGCUGCUUCCCCCCUGCCAAGUGCCUUCAGGAGGCACAGCCCCGCAGGUGGUCCCCGGUAACUAGCGUGAGGUAACGAGGCUCAGUGUAGGAUCAGAGGAAACGGACGGGCUCGCAGGCUGAUGGGCCACCGGGGACUUAGGGAAUUGGGCAGGUGCUUCAAGGACUCACUUAUAUAACUAUGCAACGCAACCUUUGUAACAAGUGUAUCCUUCCGCAGCAGAAAAUAGUCCUUUGACAUAUAUAUAUUUUGGCUGAA